GACUAUUACUUCGCAGUGAAGUUUUUGCGCCUAAUGACGAAGUUGCGUGAGGCUAAAUUGGCGGAGACUGGUUUGCCCUCACGAGUGCCGCCUCCCUAUGCUAGCAUCCCGGCGCCCGUUACCUCUACGCAGUUGCUUAGCCCCGAACACCCGCAUCGCAUUGCACUGCGUUGCCGCUUCAUCAUCAAUCUUGUGCGUCGCCGACGUCCUAUGCUCCCCUCCUCAACUGGUAUCGCCAUUGCUCCUGCCCCUCCGGAGUCAACGAACCUUGCAGGGGAGGUAUCACAUGGACAUCUGGCGUCAGUGGCCGUUUCACCUCCAGUGUCGGAGGCGGGCCCCUACUCCACCCAACUGGGGCGCCCAACGAAAUCCAAUAUAAAUGCUCAGCGCAUUAUAGCCGAUUUGUCAGUUGCUACAGCUCUGGACGAGGAGCAAAAGGAACACUUCAAAACCGAGGCGGAAGAGGUAGCACUGAUGCUAAAAACAGUGGACAAUACACCGUCAAAGAAGACAUCUGAGGAGCCUUCAUCGCGGUUUGCGCGUCAUAGGGCCGUAGUCGACCAGCGUCGACGUCUGUCUGUGCUCGCUCGUAUCGAGCGUCUCUAUGCCACCGUGCUUAACAUCGAUGAGACAAAUGUCUCGCUGGCGCGUAUUUUCGUCCGAAAUGAUGAGUGA